ACUGUCCGUCAUCCAACAUGAAUCCUGCGACAAAAAUCAGCACACUGCUCAUCGUGACCUUAUCUCUUCUCUGCUCCGUGGAGAGUCUGAUCUGUAAUGUCUGUAAGGACUCAAGAAAUUCAAAAUGUACUAAAGGCCAAGACAGAUGCGUUGCAAUCCAUGGUCAGUCAUGCGCUACUAAAUCACACUACUCCGGAGAAAACCAUCUGUUCUCAGAACACUUAUGUAUGAAUAACUGCCGUGAAAGCGAGACCCCGAGAGGAAGGAGAAUGACUUAUGUAAUGUGCUGUUCCAAAAACUUGUGUAAUGCUUUCUAGACGGAAAAGAGUCUCUUGAAGAAGAUCAUCUUCUGUUCAAGAUCCAAAAUUACAUGCCAAGCAAUAUGAAGAACUUGCUUUCCCACACCGUUUCCACACUGGCCUGAGAUCCCUGAGAUGGCAACAGGGGUUGUGUCUUCGUUUCAGUGAAGGGUUCCUUGACCAUACCAUUAGACCCUUAAAAUCAUGACCAUUGCAAAAUGAUACCAUGCUUACCAUGUUAUUUUACUCUUCCAGUUUGCAAUUUCUAGCCCUGUGAUAGUCUCCCAGGGGCUUUCAUUUUAAUAUCUGGAAUCUGUGAAUGCUGCUGUGGGUGACAAAAGAGACAAUGACAAUUUGACUAAGAAUCUUAUUAAUGGAAGAUUAUUUUGGGAUUGUCAGGGUGGAUCCUAAUCACAAGUACAAAUGUCCUUUUAAGAAGAGGCAGGUGGUGAGUUGACUAUAGAAGAGGAAAUGAUUGUAUGAUGGUGGAAGCAGUAAUUGGAGUGAUGUCCCUUGAAGAUAGAUCAAAGGUUCAUGAGCCAAGAAAUACAGAAGGUCACUAGAAACUGAGAAGGACAAUGAAAUUAAUUUUCUUCAGUGCCAUGUUGCUACUUGAUUUUAUCCCCCAUAAGUUUUAUUCCUGACUUCAGAGUUCUACAAAUUGAAUAAA